UUUGGGUGCCUGACUAUGUGACUGAUUUAUGAACCUGUCAUUUAAAUAUGCCAUUCACUCCAGUAUUUGGCUGCAGCUUUAGGUUUUUUUUUUCUCCUCAUCUGUAUUUCUCGUUAUCUUUUCCACUUCAUGAGCUCUGUUUUUAAACACUUCUUUUAAACGUUUAUCCCAUUUUGACAAAAUAUUAAUGACUGACAGAACAGAAAAAUCUGUGUAAAUCCAGUAGUUAAAAUUACAUGUAAAACAUUAAUUUAAUACCUUGUUCCUAUCAUGCGUGACCAGAAAUAGUCUUAACCUCUGCCUCCGUCUUGCUCUCAAUUUCCUCGUCCUCCUCUUUAAGUACAGCCUCUCCUCUCUCUUACAAAAUCUCCGUGCUUCAAUUAAAUCCUUAUCUCUCCACCCCUUCCACCCUCCCGCUGAUUACAGUCUAUCAUUCUCCAAUGCAGCGCUCUUCCUCAGCGUGUCCUUACAGGUGCAUGUAUCAUGCUUUUAAAGAGAGUCAGUCACCUAUGCUACUGUACGGACUGUAGGUGAGACCUCAUAGUCUUGCUUACUUGAUCCUGAGGUCACAAAGGGGUCAUGGGGACACCGGAUCUAACUGCGGGCGGGUUGAGAGCGCUGUUGGAGUUGUGUGUCAUGGUCGCCCUGCUCAUCACCGGGUCGACUGGGUUAGUCUGCUACACUGCAGUGGAAUCGCUGGACUUAGGAUGCCUCCUGCGGUGGGAUUGUCCCUAUGCCAGUCCUAAUACCACCUACACCGUACAGACAAAGACACAGGGGGACCCAUGGCAGGACGUGCCGUGGUGUGUUUGGGUCUCGUCUCGUAGCUGUGACUUGUCUCGGGCUUUCUCGGACUUCGAGCUGUACAACAUGAUUCGUCUGGGUGUCCACCUCAGUCCCAGCUCCACCGUCUGGAUUAAGCCACGCAAGUUCGACUACAGUGACUUCACCUUCAGCCCUCCGUCUGUCUCAGUCUCUGUGAAAGAAGACCAGCUGUUGGUGAAGGUGCAGUUCCCCUGUGCUGCCAACAGGCGGUGCUCUCUGAAGGGAUGCUGUCCUAUCUCUGAACUGAUUGACCCCUGGACAACAGUGACUGUGUACAAUAAGCUCAAUCGCUCUGAACACCAGAGCCGCACAGUUUGGACGCAGGAAGUGGUGUCCCAUGUGGAGUUCAUAGGCUUGGCUCCGGGUCAGAACUACUGCGCUGUGGCCAACUUCUCCUUCCCAACGUUCUCCAUGGCGGCUUCCCCGCAAUCUGCCCCCCAAUGUGUCGAGAUCGUCUCCAAAUCAGGGUUGCUGCCUCUGCUGUGUUUGGGAAUCGCGUUGUGUUCUCUGCUCAUCGCUCCACUUCUCACCGUGUUUCUGCGUAAACCAAGACGAGCUGCGCCAACCACUGAAAGUCAACCCAAGACUCCGGCGUCUGUUCACGAUCCAGUCUCUUUGGUUCCUGUGUCCUUGGUCCCCGUCGACCCUUGUGACAUCCACGUGGAACUCACUGAUAACAUCUCCAUCCGGUCCUCCUCUAGUCUUCCCUCCAACCAGGAUCAGACCACGAUCCUGGGCAACAUGUUCACCAGCGAUCCUCUUCAUCAUGACACCAACGCAGGCGCAGCGUACUGGGACAGUGGAGGGAAGGAGCUGGAACCAGGCCUGGACUCUGGUAUCGGCAUCCCACCUGUGUCUCACUUUUCUUAGGAGACAUGUGGGAUAAAUGGAGACUGAUACUAAAUGACUUGAAAUGCAUCUUACUAUGAGUGCUGCUCUAUACAGAUAGGUGUCACAGGUGUGUAAGUGCCAGGGUUCGACACGUCGCUGUGCUCUGUGAGGGUUGAAAUAGAAGAGAGUCACAUACGUCUGCAGUUGAUACCUGCUGAGGUCCACUUGAAAUGUCUGAACUUACAUCAAAAGCAACCGUUUUCUGUGGAGGAAAACUGUGUCAAACUGUUCGGUACCAAGAUCUACAAACAGAAAAGGAGAAAAAGAUGAUUUGUUUCACAGUAAAGCUACACGUAGAUCAAUGCAGAGCUGAUAUAGCUUAUCAGAUAUAUUGGUAUCAACACAUAUUGGCCAAUGAGUAACACAAAUUUGCAGCACAGAAAUGGCAAAGACACUCACAAAGUUUGUGAUAAUUAAGUUUUAAAUAGUUUGUCCAUCAGAGAGGACGAACAGGAUUAUAUCAUAUCUUGCGUAAAGUUAUUUAAUAACCAAAUAUAAGUGAUCCUCAUCAAAAAUGUUGGAUUAUGCUAUGUUGAAAUGUCAGUCAGUAUAUAAUAUUCCUGGAUUUUUUCACCUACAGUCACAAGCUCAGAGAAAUGACAGAAGAGAUCAGCUGAAAUUAGUUGGCUCAGACAUCAGGAAUAAACUCAGAGUAGAGCUUCUUCUACUCUGAUGUGGAGGUAUUUCAGACAUGUCUAGUUGGGAUAAGACCACAGGGCAAACCCAGAACACAAUGGAGGGAUUUCAUAUCCCCUCUGACCUUGGGGAACGUAUCAGUAUUCCUCAGGAGGAGCUGCAGGAUGUGGCUACCUUGCUUAGCCUACGACUACUGCAACUCUCACCCAGUUAAGCGGCCAAAAAUAGACUGAUAGAUAGAAUUUUUUUUACUCUAAAAUAUCAAUCUGUAUCAGCCUCAAUAGUCUAGUAUUGGUCAGGCUUUAUUUUACAAAUUCUCAUUUGAAAAAGGCAAUAAAAACUGGAAUCCAG